GAGAAAAGCAACGGGUGGCUGACGAUAGAGCUUAAUUAACGAUGGGCAAUUUGGGAGAAUUGAUGGAAUCUGCUUUUGUGCGCGUAAAGCUGGUGGCUUUUGUUCACUUUUUAUUUAUUGCGAAUGCUAUGCUUGGACAGAUUAAUGGCGCCUAUGAAUUUUACAACUUUCUUUUUAUAAUUUCAAUGUUUUGGACAAUGCACAGCAAGGACUCAAUUGAACCUGUGCAAACGGCCCUAAUCAUAGACGCCAGCAGCAUAUUCUUUGAUAUCGUUUGCAUUGUAGUGAUGUUUUAUACAUCAAAUGGCUGGGCCAUUACGUUUCAAAUAAUCAAUUUGCUUAUACGUCCCAUCAGCGUUAUUUUGUUAUACCGUGAGUUCAAUGCACGCGGUGGUAACAUGCAGACUGGCUCUGUAUUUCCUACUACGCAGCAACGUAGCUACCAAGAUAUAGACAGACCAGUACAAACGGAGCCUAACAGUACAUCUGCGGGGCCAAAUGUGGCGAGUAUUUUCUAAGUCAUCACAUUUCGUAUUUGAUGUGUAAUAUAUACAUAUACAUACAAUGAAUUGUUUUGUAUUAGGUAAGAAACAAAAAAUGCUGCUUUUGGUAUCUCGUUAAAUUUUUUUACAUGAUAAGAAUUUUGUUAAAAGCUUCAUACGAUGUCUUGCAUAAAAUGUUGAACUACAUUCAUAAACCACAUAUUUGUAACUUGGCAUAGAUUUUAAAAGAAUCAUUCAUCAAAUAAACAAUUCGUUUAAAAAUUGAAUACAUUUUUCUUCGUAGGUCAUUGCUUUAACAAAAUCAAAAGCAAUAUUUUAUAAAAUAACAGCACAAAGAAAAAUCGAUGCAGGAAGUUGCUUUAUUCUAAAGUGAGCAGUAUUUCUUUACAGAAAAAGAAUUUAGACAUUUUGGGCGGAAGGAAAUUGUUGAAGUUUCUUUACUUUUUCGAGAUGAACUUCUAGUGCAAGAACGUUCAUGAGAAUCUUUAGUUUUCAUCUUUUUUUUUUUUUUU